CCAGACUCCCACAGCCCCAAAGACGCCCUCGGCAACAACACUCGCACAGCUGCGUCGAAUAAGACACUGUCCAACCACUCACAAGCCCGGAUUAAAACUACACCGAGCGGAUCUGAACCUCUAUCCGCUCAGGUGAACCAUUCCACGGCUAGACCAACCAGUCACACCGACGAUCCGAACCAUGGGGCUUCCCUCCUGACCGAAGCUAGCCUGGGAGUGGACCGACAUCUCCCCCUCCUCUCAAGCCGAAGGGGGGCACGCGAUUUUCGGGUUUGCCCAAGCGGUUGAGUCGCUGUUAUUUGCUAAAGAUUUACCGGGGGGAUCUGUACGGGAAUGGUGCUCCGAGCUGACGGCUUGUCCAGACAGAGAAAGGCGAGGGGAACCCGGGUGCAGAGUGGUGCUACCGACCGGACUGUGGCUGUUUUUUUGACCGAAGGGAGCGGCUCUUGUCCGGAGUGUUUUUGUGGCUGCUUAAGCUAGCUCCGGAGCGGCUAACCGAGCGACCCCCAAAAUAUCUCAGGGUUUCAGUCUAAAACAAUCAAGGCUGACUCAUUUUUACUAGCCUUUUACUACUUGGAAACUAAAAGGAAAUCAUUGUAUAACUUUAUUUUCCAGAAAUCAUGGACAAUUUAUGAUAACACCCGUUAAUAAAGCAGUUAAAAACAAUUAGAGCUGCGUUCAAGCGAAACUACCUGGACUGUGUUUUGUUGCUAAAUGCUGUUAGCGUGAAUGUAGGCGAAACCUUUUUGUGUUGUUUUUUUUUUUUUUUUGUUGUUUGGAGGUUUUUCUCCACGUUGGAUGCUGGCAUCACAAUUUUCUUGCAAUCAUGAUGAUAAUAAGCCGAAAACCAGAGGGUCCAAUUGCAACAGCGCGUCACGGAGACGGCCUCUAUGACUCGUACAUGAGACCGGAGCACAUCCUGAAGGAGGAGCAGGACCCCAGCAGCCCCUCCGCUCUGCCCCCUAUGCCCAAACACACCGUGGUGAGUAACAAGACCGUGAUGAGGGACCAGGUUUCGAUACGCGGCGGCGCUCUAAAGGUGAAGUACCUAUACGAGGACGGCACCAACAACCGCAAAGUCAACGCCAUCUCCACGGCAACCGCCCAGAACGGCACCCCCAACAAGACCGCGCCCGCCCCCGCCCUGUCCAAGGAGCACAGCACAGACAGUUCUGAGUCGAACAAAGGCUCCAGCGAGUCGUCCAGUGGCAAUGGGAGUAAGUGCAGCCCCCUCACACCGGACCAGGCUCUGAGGCUGUACCGCUCUCAGCUCUCCUCCCUCGAGCACUCUGAGAUCCUCUCCUUCGCAGACGUCUACUUUGUGGGGCCCAAUGCCAAAAAGCGCCCCGCAGUGGCUGGAGGCAGCAACAACAGCGGCUACGACGAUGAGCAAGGAGGCUACAUCCACGUACCUCACGAUCACCUGGCCUACCGCUAUGAGUUUCUCAAGAUCAUUGGGAAGGGCAGUUUUGGACAGGUGGCUAAAGUCUACGACCAUAAGACGCAGCAGCACCUGGCUCUGAAGAUGGUGCGAAACGAGAAGCGUUUCCACCGACAGGCGCAAGAAGAGAUCCGCAUCUUGGAGCACUUACGCCGACAGGACCGCAGUGGCUCCAUGAAUGUCGUGCACAUGCUCGAGAACUUCACCUUCAGAAACCACAUCUGCAUGACCUUUGAACUGCUCAGCAUGAACCUUUACGAGCUCAUCAAGAGGAACAAAUUCCAGGGCUUCAGUUUGCCCCUGGUCCGAAAGUUUGCCCACUCCAUCCUGCAGUGUCUGGAGGCUCUGAGCCGCCACCGCAUCAUCCACUGUGACCUGAAGCCAGAGAACAUCCUCCUGAAGCAGCAGGGACGCAGCGGUAUCAAGGUCAUCGACUUUGGCUCCUCCUGCUUUGAGCACCAGCGCGUCUACACCUACAUCCAGUCCCGGUUCUACCGUGCUCCCGAGGUCAUCCUGGGCUCGCGGUACGGCUUACCCAUCGACAUGUGGAGCUUCGGCUGUAUCCUGGCGGAGCUGCUGACGGGAUAUCCGCUGUUCCCGGGGGAGGACGAGGGCGACCAGCUGGCCUGUGUCAUGGAGCUGUUGGGCAUGCCUUCACAGAAGGUCCUAGAACAGGCCAAAAGAGCCAAGAACUUCAUCAACUCCAAAGGCCACCCGCGCUACUGUGGCGCCAACACGCUGCCCACCGGAGCCACAGUGCUCACGGGCUCCCGCUCCAGGAGGGGCAAAAUGAGGGGUCCCCCGGGCUCCAAGGAGUGGAGCACUGCCCUGAAAGGCUGCGAGGACGCCACCUUCACUGACUUCAUUAAGAAGUGUUUGGACUGGGACCCCUCGUCUCGCCUCACACCCACUCAGGCGCUCAGACACCCCUGGCUGUACCGCAGGCUGCCCAAGCCGCUGCCCGCUGACAAGACCCAAGGCCCCGCGGUCAAACGACUGCCCGAGCAGCACAGCACCUCCUUCCCCUCCAUCCUGGCCAAAGGGGGGCCUGGCCUGGGGACCACCACCACCAGCAAACUGCGCAGUACCAUGAUGGGAGACUCGGGCGACGCUAUCCCACUGCGCACAGUCCUGCCCAAACUGGUCACUUAGGGAGAGAGACCACUCCUCUCUGCCCACUCCUCUGGAGGAGCCGGGACACUAGCUUUUAAACUGGUUUGGUUCUUUUAUUUUGUACUGCGCGGUGUCGACACCCCAGGUUUUGUUUUUAAUAUUAGUGAGCUCUGAAGUCAAUAAACGCUCAUGAGUUUUUUACAGAAGAUUUUGAGAAACUGUGGAAUUUUCUGUAUUGAGCCUUGUUAAGGUUUGAUUUAGAUACUGCUUUUAAAAUGUUUGUGUGAGUGAGCAAAUGUUUGUAUCCGAGUGUUCUCACGAGUGUCACCUCCAUCCUUCACAGACUUCACACUUAAAGGGCUACUCACAUCGUCACCACCGUUACCGAGCAAACCGGGUCGGCAUCAUUUUACCACCCUCCUUAUGCUAAUGCCUUCACAGCGCUUUGACAACACCGGCAGUUACGUAGUUCAACAUCUGUAGCAAUAACCCAUUUAUUUUCCAUCCAACCCGAUCCGUGGUGCUUGCACAGUAGCUCGGUAUGUUACAAGAGGAUGUGUGUGUGCUUUAGCUCAUUGGUGCUAUGUUGAUGUCAAGAGUUAGCGGGGGACAGUUAGCGCUACUCCCUGUUACUGGAGUGUCAUGGCUGACGCGGUUCACAUAGAUGCCAAUUAUUAUUCAGAAAAAGAUCUAGAGAAGAAGAAAAAAGCUUGCACAUGAGUCAUAAGUGAAUCAGGAAAGUUGACGAGGAAAAGUUAAGAGGAACGUUACAUCUGCUGCUUGCAAAAAGGAGUGGAUUAUGUGAAAGAAUGGUGUAAUAUGGCCUGAAGUUUUGUAAUCUUUUAUUUUGUGAGCCAAGUUUUGCUGAAUGGGCCAGUGAAAAUAGAUAGGUUUUAUGGUACUCGAGAAAGAUGGCAUUUCUCAGGGAGUAAUACUUGAUACAUCCCUCAAUCCUCUCUUUGUUGACCCGGUUGUUCGACUGUGUUUGCAUUUUUGGGCAAGACAAGCAAGAGAUUUUCAAUGUUUUAACAAGUAGCUGCUGUGUAUUUCAAAUCGUGAAUUAAAAUGGUGGUUUUGAUGACUGGUAACAAAAUGGAUGUAGCCUACAUUGUCAGUUUCUACGUUAGCAACAGGUUGUGAUUAGCAGAUUAGCAUUUAGCACUAUUUAAGCUAAAGGCUAUCUAUACAAGUCACUCAAGUCUUGAUCAUGUGGGCAAUAGAAAUUAUAACAAUAUUCUAGCUAAGUUUCACUAUUAGCUAAACAUUUCAAAUUACAGAAUUAUUAAUAUAACUUAAAGUAAUGACAACAUGCUGCGAAAUUACGAUCAUGUACGAUGGCUAGACAAUGUUCGCUUACCACUGGGCUAGUUAUUCUGGCUAUUUAGCUAGUUGAACAUAAUAUACCUCAAUUCUCAAUGUAAUAAGCUAACAUUUACCAUUAGAACAGGCUUUUUGCAACCAACCGAUGUACAUGUACGUGUUGUUCGUGGAUAGGUAGCAAACAUUACGCAGUGGUUUCAUUUAUAGCAGCGAUUAGCAUGUAGCCUAGCCUCAAAUUCAGAUUACGUACCACUAACUGUCAAAUUUUAAUCAAGACAAUUUGACAAAAGCUGAUUUAAAAGUCCUUUGUUACGCUGUUGUCACAUCAACCGGUAGUUCUGGUGACCUUUUUGUAAUCUCUAAAAAAUUUAAAAGCAUUUCUUGCCCUCAAAAUGCACAUCCAGUUUUUAUUUUUAUAACUUUAUCGAAGGGUUUCUAGCUUUUUGCUCCACUCGUCCCUGCCCUGUACCAUGCAUGCCAGUGUCCCUCACCCGAGAGAGAGCGAGGGAGCGUGCAGUUUAUGAGGGGGCUUGAUGUGACCUAGAUUCCUCCCCCUCUCUCCCCCCUCCUCUCCACUGUCUCUGCCUCAUGUAGGGCAAAAUCCUCACUGUCAUCUAUGGUGCUUCAUGUAUUGAUGCACACACAGACACUUGCUAAAAAAAAAACUAAAAAAAAAUACAAAUCCGGUAGGACUGGGCGACAUAGCGAUAAAAUUCAAAUCGAAAUCUGGUCGAUAUGACGAUGUAUUUUGGCGACUCAGUGCUUCUAGUGCCCAAAUAUAGAUAAUUUUCCCGGCCCACUCCUCCUAUUGGUCAGUGUUUGUUAUAUGUGAGUGAGUGACAGGUGGAAAUAACCAAUCACAGUCGAGCGUGAUCUCAGAAAAGAAGAUUACUUUAUUAUUUACCUUUUGAAAUGGUAAUAUAGAGAUGUUCAAAAUUCAUGAUAUGAUCUGAAACCAUGAAGAAAUUAUGAAAUGGAUUUAGGCACAGGUCGCCCAGCCCUAUGUUCAGGUGCAUGUUGAACGGACCACCACUGAAAUAAAUAACACAACCCUAAACUCAAAAAGUCAGGGCUUUGUACUUCACGUCACUACUUUUGUACAACAGUUUAUAAUUAAAUAAUAAUCUGAGAAGCAGAGGAUGUCGUGGAGAGCGUCAGCGUCAUGUCGUUACUAGCCGUGUGCAGUUGUAAAGGGGUGUUUGGUGUUCCAGCAUGAAUCCAAUCUUUUAUCAAACCGAGUGACUAUGAAGAGAAACUGUACAGUAACCAAAUGAAAUUGUAAUAGUUUCUUUUUCUAAAGAAAAUAAAAUACUUAUUAAGUGA